AACAGAUGGGAACAAAGGAAGUGGAGUUGGAAACUAAGGGAAUCGAAAUAAUUGAGAAUAGAGGGAGCAGGGGGUAAGAAUAAUGGAUGUAGAUGAUUCAAAAUAGGCUUUAGAAAUUUUAGAUGUGGUGAGUCAAAAUUUUGCAUAACUUCACAGCCUUAAAAAAAUAUCCCAUACACUUUGCCGAGGGAGCUCUGAGCCCUAAGCCUGGACCGAAAGCAGAAGUGGUCGGCAUUGUUCGUGAUCGAUGAGCUGUCGCUGCCGAGAUCUCAUGAAGCAGCGUAAUCGGCACUUGAUUUGAAGUAUUCGGUGAGUUUGGGUUCUCUAACGAAGUAGUGAUUGUCGGCUUUUCUUCUCAACUGGAGAGCAGCAGCAAUGCCGGUAAUACCCAUAACCCUAAAAUUCUUCUCACCACAUCUCCUGAACCAAGCUGCGAGCUCUCGAAAUUUGUGAGGGUAACCUGUUUUCGGACCACAGUGUUGGUUUUGCAGCGAUUUUUUUCACCAGUGUUUGGAAUCAAUGCGUUGAUUCACAUUGCAAUCUGCCUCUUUUUCUCGUUCCUUCUGUGAGGGUUUCGUUAGGGUUUUCGGAAGGUUGCAAGGAUUCGUGUUUUAGGAAUGGAUGGUGAGGUGCAAGAUUUGCAAAAGAAGGUCGCGGAGGUGGAGGUGUUUGCAGAGGAUCUUCUGCUCGCUCGUCAUGACUUAGUGGAGUGCGACAGAUCUCGUAAUGGAAAUCGCGAGGCUCUUAGCGCGAUGCGAAGGCAAGCCAAGACCUCUCGCUCUAGUGUUGUCUUGCCUGGUGUGUCACGUGGGGACGCAGAUAAGUGCCGCACUUGUGGUGAUUAUGAUGGAACGACGCAUGUUUGGUACAUGGCUCCUGGGUCGGACGUCUUUCUGCGUCGACCCUUUCAUUCCGUUCACACUCAAUUGGAGCAGGAGCAGGUGAGUCUGGAUCAGAGAGCCAAGACCCUACAAGGUGUCGUGAAGGAGAAAACUCUGCAGCUAUCGAACGUGGGUGCUCUUGCGGAUCGCAUUGCUCCUGGACUUGUGAAGUCUAUUGUGACCUUGAAAGACAACUAAGGUUGCUUCCUUUUGAAUUAAUGAUCCAGCCAGGGUUUUUUCUAGGUCUUUGGCAGUUCUCAACUAGGUCUUUGUCCUAUUUUGUGGGUUAGGCGGGUAAGGGAGUAGUAUCACUGCUGGAAGACGCUCAGUUUCUCAUUGCAUCAUUACUCACCAACUCUAACAGAAUCAGUCUUGGGCCAUGAAUGAUCGACCAUGUAACAUCAAGGGUGCUGCUGUAUUGUACUAAGUACGCAAACCACUUACUCGGAGCCUGCGCCUUACAGCUGUUCGGCUGCCACUGUAAUUUUACUUCAAAAUGUUUGUUCGCAGCGUUAUUUAAGGAACAAUUUCACAACCCCGCCAUUGUUGUUGAUUACAUUGUUUGCGGGGUGAACAUA